ACAAACCCUAAGCACCCUCUAAAUGGUAGUCGUGUGUUUUUGUUUAAGAAUUUUCUUCUCAUAAAUCUUGUUUUAUCUUCAAUAAUUACUCAAACAAAUCCAAUUAUUUAUUAAAUUAGUAGAUCAGUUAUUGAUUAAUGUAAUUAAUCACAUUUAGUGAACGUAGAAACCAACUGUGCUGCAUGCAACAACAAAAAAAAAGUAACUUUUUUGCACUUCUAAGUUAAAAGAAAAGGAGACAAGGGAAGAAUUGUCAUCAGGAACACCCGUGCCGUGCAGUACCCCCCAAUUUCCCCACAAAGUUAAAAAAGUAACCGGGGGAAAUUACUAUGAGCGCUUCGAAAAAAUACAAACAAAUGGAAACAGUGGAGGACACAGAAAACCUUAAGCAAAGCAAACUCACCUCCUCCGACGACGGAAGUAAUAACAAGUUCUUCGUUAAACAAAACAACGCUAGCAACAACAUGAGUAAUUCACAGCAGCAAGUUCCAUUUGGAUCAGCCAACGGCGAACGACGUCCAAAUUUCUCGAUGCUCAACAACGCCCAGGUUACCGAGAAUAGGUCGACCUUUUUAAACAAGGCCUCCAUAAAUAAUAUGUCCAAACCAGGAGAUGUUAAAAAAAUUGUUAUAAAAAACUUCAAAUUGAAACCAACACUACCAGAAAACUAUUCAGAAAAAACAUGUGAAAAAUUGCAAGAGGCUGUUCUAGCAAUUCAAUUAUCCAAACCAAUACAAUACUCCCUUGAAGAACUCUAUCAGGCUGUGGAAAAUAUGUGCAGUCAUAAAAUGGAUGCACAACUCUAUGCCAAAUUAACUGCAUUAACUGAAAAUCAUGUUAAAAAGAAUGUUGAUUCAUUCACUGGUGAAAGUAUGGAUAAAUUGGUUUUUCUUAACAAAAUCAACGGUUGGUGGCAAUCGUUCUGUCAUCAAAUGAUUAUGAUGCGUAGUAUAUUUUUGUACCUUGAUCGCACUUACGUCUUACAAAACCCGACUGUUCAUUCUAUAUGGGACAUGGGACUGGAUCUCUUUCGAACCCACAUUGCACUCAACAGCUUAGUACAGAAGCGAACUGUUGAAGGUCUGCUUCUGUUGAUUGAAAAGGAACGAAACGGCGAUGCCGUAGACCGUGCCCUUCUCAAGAGUCUUGUGAGGAUGCUUUGUGAUUUGCAGAUCUAUUCAAGCGCCUUCGAGGACAAAUUCUUGAUUGCAACAAAGCAACUUUAUCAAGCUGAAGGACAACGUAAAAUGCAAGAGUUGGAAGUGCCUGAGUAUUUGCAACACGUUGAUAAGCGCCUUGCCGAAGAGAAUGAACGUUUGUUACACUAUUUGGAUUCGAGUACAAAAUAUCCACUUAUUUAUACAGUAGAAAAAGAGCUCCUUGCUGAACAUUUAACGCUGAUUUUACAAAAAGGUUUAGACACGUUAUUAGAGGAAAAUAGACUGACUGAAUUGACACUGCUCUACAGUUUAUUGAGUCGUGUUAAAAAUGGUACCACAGAGUUAUGUGGUAAUUUCAAUGGAUACAUAAAGAAAAAAGGACGUACCAUUGUUAUUGAUCCUGAAAAGGACAAGAGUAUGGUGCAAGAUUUACUUGAUUUCAAGGACAAAAUGGAUGUUAUAGUGCGAACGUGUUUUGAACACAAUGAAAAGUACACAAAUUCGUUGAGGGAAGCAUUUGAGUUCUUUAUAAAUCAACGAGCAAAUAAACCAGCCGAAUUAAUUGCUAAAUAUGUGGAUAUGAAAUUGAGAGCAGGCAACAAAGAAGCCACAGAAGAAGAAUUAGAACAGAUUCUUGAUAAAAUCAUGGUGCUGUUCAGAUUCAUUCAUGGAAAAGAUGUAUUUGAAGCGUUUUAUAAGAAGGACCUGGCGAAACGACUUAUCGUUGGCAAAUCAGCCUCAGUGGAUGCCGAAAAGAGUAUGUUAUCGAAAUUGAAACAAGAAUGUGGUGGUGGUUUUACAUCAAAACUCGAAGGAAUGUUUAAGGAUAUGGAAUUAAGUCGUGACAUUAAUAUUGCAUUCAAACAAUAUGCUGUGAAUUUAGACAGAGAAUUCACAAACAUAGAUUUGACCGUAAACAUCCUAACAAUGGGUUAUUGGCCAACUUAUCCACUUACUGAAGUUACAAUGCCACCACAACUUGUUAAGCCCCAACAAGUGUUCAAUAAAUUUUAUUUGGCCAAACAUAGUGGUAGGAAAUUACAGUGGCAGCCAACCCUUGGCCAUUGUGUUCUUAAAGCACAAUUUGAUCAUGGUCCAAAAGAUCUUCUGGUUUCCUUAUUUCAAGCACUUGUCUUAUUACUGUUCAACGACAAGAAUAUCCUUAGCUUUGAGGAAGUUAAAGCAGCGUGUAACAUUGAAGACGGAGAAUUACGAAGAACGUUACAAUCUCUUGCCUGUGGCAAGGCACGUGUUUUGACAAAAAUCCCCCGUAGCAGGGAGGUUGAAGACAAGGAUCAGUUCCAAUUCAAUAACGAAUUCACAAAUAAGCUCUUUAGGAUUAAAAUAAACCAAAUUCAAAUGAAAGAGACGGCGGAAGAACAAAAAGCCACAGAGGAACGUGUAUACCAGGAUCGACAGUAUCAAAUCGAUGCCGCUAUAGUUAGGAUAAUGAAAAUGCGAAAAACAUUGAGUCAUAAUCUUUUGAUAGGCGAACUAUUCAAUCAGUUGACUUUCCCCGUAAAGCCUGCUGACUUAAAGAAACGAAUUGAAUCUCUUAUCGACAGAGACUACAUGGAGCGCGAUAAGGAUAAUCAAAACCAAUACAACUACGUCGCUUAAAAGAAGAAGGACUCAUUAUUUUUUGUUUGCAAAAUAAAAAUAAAAUUCUUUAAUAUAAUUUAAACCGGAGAUAAAAAAGAAACGUGCGAAAAAAGAAGUUAUUUGCGUAGGAAUGAUAUAAAUGAAUAUAAAUGUGAAACUACAAAAAAGAAAAACAAACAACACGAGAAUUCAUUAAAAAUAUUUAAAACCAAAA